UCUAGCUUGUCUGUGAUACGACGGCCCGUAGUCCUCGCUGGGCCUGUCGCCACCAUCACUCAAUUGCGCGUCUUUGUGGUGUUGCGGUCAUUGUGCAUGUCAAGCGCACGCAGCAACCUCAACGGCCAUUCAAGGUGACAACUUUACUGACAAGGUCGAAUAUUGGGGAGCAGGCUAGGCAGAAGGCGUACUGCGCAGCUGUAUCUGCAGAAUGAACAGCUCAGAUGUCACAGAUAUAAACACCCUCGCUCGCUUCGUCAGCAAUGACAUGACAGAUACUAGCUUCAAUCUCUCAGAGACCGGCUCAGCCGACUGCCUCGUUCUUUGCGGCUCCGCUAUUCUACACUGUGCAGAGUCUGUCUUUCGAGCUGUUCAAUCGAGACAAGUAGCAAAGACCCUUGUCAUCUGUGGAGGUAUUGGUCAUUCCACCAUUCUAUUGUAUGAUGCAGUGGCUGCCCAUCCCCAAUACAAAGCCUUGUCUGCAGAGAUUAGAGGUAUGCCCGAGUCGCAAAUCUUGCAUCGCAUAGGUCGAGACUUCUUCCAGCUCGACGAGUAUGCUGCAAAGCAUGCUAUACGAGUCAUUGUUGAAGACAAGUCUACGAAUUGUGGUGCUAAUGCAAUUGAGACGAAAAAGGUGCUGGAUGCCGCAGGCGUCGCCACGCCAUCUUCGCUGGUCAUUGUGCAAGAUCCAACCAUGUCUCUUCGAACCAAAGCAUCUUUCGAAAAGACAUAUGCGGGCAUUGCUAUGCCGGUAUGCAAGACUUGCCCUAGCUUCGUGCCACAGGUCAAGCUGGAAGGCACUCAAGUCGUGUUUGACAAUCCACCGGACGAGCAUCUCUGGUCCAUGCCUCGUUUCAUUGACCUUCUCAUUGGGGAAAUUCCGCGUCUUCGCAAUGACUCGAAUGGAUACGGGCCUUCUGGCAAAGGAUUCAUUGUUCAAAUUGACAUUCCUGAUGAGGUCGAAGCUGCUUGGGCCAGGCUCACGAAGAAGGUCGAGGCUGGACGGUCAACUAUGUGAAAUGCAGCCUGCGUAGUCUCAAAAAAUCAGAACACCAAACAUCAAGCUCUAUUGACAUUCACUUGGCUUUCUACAGCAGACCGUGAUUGCAAAUACGCAUACGCACUACAGUUGCAAGCAAACAUCAGAAUCAAUGCUUACGCGUGGACUCGUAGAGGUACUCAUUGGAAGUCUAUUUCACUGCUCGCAUACCAAUCCGAGUCAAUACAUUGUUGCUCCCUGGCAUUGCAUCUGCGACAGACAAUUUGACAUUCUUUCCUGCCACGUCGACUGGGGUAGCUCCGAGCAAUUCGCCAGUGGUAUUCUUACCGUAGAACGUAAAUGAGCCCAAGGAGAAGUCGGUGCCGUUUUCAGCAGUAUACCAUGGAACAUGCUCGAAGAGCGGCGUAUGCAUCAUGUCUGCACUUUCGAUCACGUCGCUCGUCCUGACUUUGACGCUGAAAAACUGUAUG